AUGGCUACCGUUGCGACCGGAUCCGCCGGUUCCCUCGUGGACCCGAGCGCACCACCGGCCGGACAGAAGCAGCGCAAGAAGGGCAAAUUUCGGCUGAAGGAACGUUCCUCCUCAUCGGUACGGGAGAAGUUCAUCAAUGAUCCAGCGUACACGGAAGAUGUCCGCCAUCUAGCAUUGCCCAUGCGCCGGAACAGUGGGCCCGAACACGAUCCAGGCCGCAAGUUUUACAUGAUAUCGAAGAAAAAGUCCAACUCGGUCGGCAAGGACUAUUCGCGUGGCUCCGGCGGCCUGCAGAUAGGUGGUGGUGGUGGUGCCGGUGGCUCGAGCGAGUUCUACACGCUGGACGUGGAAUCAAUUCGUCGGGCAGGUCUUAAUGUACCAGAGGUAAAACCAAGAAGGAAGAAGUACAACCACCACACCAGUGCGGAACUAUUGAACCGUCUGCUGAACACGGACGAGUCAAGCAGCUCAGACGGUGUGCGACCGAAAGCCGGAUACGGCACGGCAACGCUAGACCGCGGACGUGGCCGAAGCCUGGACCGUAGAACCUACACCACCGGGGACGAACGCUCCAGCACCAUACGGGGGCUGUCCAUUAGUCGUGCCGGGGAGGAGGGGAGUCUCGGCCGGGAUGCUGGACGUCAGCAGCAGCUACAGCGAGGACGCAAAAGUCGCAACACGGGUUCACGAAAGGAAAACGAACGAAACGAACCGGAGGCUGGUCUGGAAGGUGGCACUGCUUCAGGUCCUCCAGUGGGCGAUGUCUAUUCCGAGGAUAUCAUGGUAAAGCCCGGUGACCGAGAGACUGGCAGUUCCAAGGGUGGACGAUUCCAAAUAGGUAAACGGUUCCUAAAGGGGGAAAUAGGCAUCAAAAGCUUCAACUACUACCUGUUGAAGGAGGGCCUCAAGUCUUCCAAGAAGAGCCUGCUGAAGCAACGCUCGGCUCCGGUAGCGGCAGCGGGAUCGAUGGACGUACCGCUUCCGGAACCACCGCAAUCGAUGGAAUUGAUCAGCCCGGAAUCGGAAGCCGUGUCCAGGCUGGACGAGGGGGGCGAUAAGGGCGAGGAAAACAUAUACGAAGAAAUUUACUUUGAAGAUAAACCGAAACGACCCCCGGAGGGAUGUGCCAGCGAGGGCGUUCCAGUGCAGCGGUCGUGUCAGGACGCAAGUAAUGAGAAAAUUCAGUUUAUCGAUUGCGAGCUGUGCGUGCAGCAGUGCAGCAAUGCGAAUUGUGACGUGUGCCACGGUCUAGGAGCACAGCACACCGCACAACAGCAUGAGCACCAUCAUCACCAGCUGCAGCAGCAGCGACAGGCCGAACAGAAGCAGCAGAACAUCUACGAGCAGCUGAAGCAACAUGGUUCGGGUGGAUCUUCGGCAGGAAGUGGCCAGUCUGGCGGACUGUACACCAAAACUUCAGCCAAAUCGUUAGACAUCGAUGAACAGAUCUAUCAGAGACAAAAGCAACAACAGCAACAGCAACAGCAGCAGCAGCAGUUGCAAGAUCAACAAAAGGAACAAACUGUUAAGCAGCAGCCUGAGAGUCAUACGAGAAGCAUGGGAAAUUUGGUGGAUGAGACCUCCCUGUACGCCAGUGAGAAUGUACUACAGUACCAGUCGUACAAUCCAAGCAAUCCUAAUGUGUAUAAGCUCGAAACGACGCCAGUAGCAUUCAGCUGUGACUAUAGUCCUCUGCAGCAAAUCUACUACAAACAGCAAAUCGGUCCAGCGGUCACUAACCCGGGAGAGACAGUUGCCAAUAACCCAAGGCAACACAUCUACCAAAGACCGCAUCAGCCUGGAGGCACUGUAUCAUCCGGUUCCGAUUACUACCAGGAGCUCAACCAUAAGAAAUCUUCCUCGUCGAGCGAUUCUCUACAGCAGCAGCAGCAGCGUCGUCUGCAGGGAUCGAAUGCGGGGAUCUACUAUCAGCGAGCUGCUGCAGCAUUGAGCGAUGAUCAACAUCGUAGUCUGAUGAGCUCCAAUGCAGGUGCCAAAAUCUACAAAGUAAGUUCGAACGUUUCUAUUCUGAGCGAAGCAUCUGGCCGUAGUGAAGGUUCUUACCGUCAGCCACAACAGAUACAGCAACAAAUUCAACCACAGUAUCAACCAUUAUCAUCCGUGGCAGUAGCUACGCAGUGGGAUCACUCCUCUGCCCAGGGAGGUCCCACUCAAACGAGAUCUCAACAACCACAACAACAACAGCAACAGGGCCAACAGCAACAACAACCGUAUGGUCGAACCGGAGGCAACAUGUCCGAUUCGAGCCUUGGAGAUUCGUUGUUCUCCUAUCCGGCCAACCGACGGUACUUUGGCAGCUCGGAAAGUUGUCGCUUUGCGUCCGAAACUUGUCGCCGUUGUAGCGUGGAGGUGGACAAGUGCAGUUUCUCCGACACCUGCCGCUACUCGGAUUGUCGUAACUGCGAUUGCUCGUCUAGCUACUUCUCGUCCGACUUCGAUGAUACGGCACACGGGGGAUCGCGUAGUAAGAGUGGUGCCCGAAUGUCACACUCACAAUCGGAAGCGGCAGGAUACUAUCAAGCUCCACCUUACGCGGAGGACUUCAUGAAGCAUGUCAGCGCGGUGAAGCGCGGCAAUCAGCAACAACAACAGCAGCAGCAGCAGCAGCAACCGCAGCAUCAGGUAUCGACAACUCAUUUGAUGGCAGGAGGCAAGAUUUACGAGACACCGGCUACAUACGUUGGCAUGAUGCCGAUUACGGGUGGCGGGUUGCAGAAAGCUCGAGAACCAACGUACGAAACCUUGCGGAAUCCGCCAUACUCGAUCCCGAUGGUAGGUCCAUCGUAUGAUGCCGCUCCACUGGUCGCUAGCGGACGGCUCUCGAUCAGUCAAAGCCACGAAGCAUUGCUAUCUCCCAUCCGUCGUAGUCGAUCGAGCAGAAGUACCGACACCGAUCAAUAUCCACAGCUGGAGCGUCGUUCACCAGUGUCCCAUUACUCAAAAAUACGACGUCCUCAUCAGUCCAACACUCUACCAUCGUCAAUGCGCUCGGGAAGGCGCCACCAACCGGGCACAGGAGAGUACGACCCGGCCGGCUAUAGCGUAAUUCGCGAGGGUUCUAACAAUAUCCGAGGCUCCGGACCAGGACCUAGUGGAGGAUCGACACUACCGAAAUCCUUCAGCAUGCAACAAUCUCGCGCCACACCGCUGUUCACGGGCCGAUCGGCAUCUCUCCUCGCGAUGGGCCACGAGUAUGCGGAGAUCACCAAAACGAAUGGCAAAAACAAACCAAUUCCCCCGCCGAUUAGUACCAUUCCGAGUACACGCGAAGCGAGAGCAAGAUCGAAACAAGCAGCAUCGAAUGUCCGCCCGGUAUCACCAUCCCAGUACGCUCGCACGGGUCCUUCCGGCAUUGCGGGAAGUUCGGUGGGAGCGACUUCAAGCAUGGAGCGUAAAUCUCGCGAUCGAUCCUUAAAGCAGGCCAAAAGCGCCGAAACAUCGCGAAAGGAACGAUCCCCAGCAGUAAGGGAGCAGCAUUCGGAUAAAGGUAAAGCUGGCCGAGAUCCCAGCGGAACGUCAGCUGUGUCGGCUACCGGUGCGAGUGGUCCAAUCGCAAGAAGUGGAAAGCCUACGACGGGAAGUACCCGGCGGAAGGAGUUUGUACGAUCACAGCAACAGCAGCACCGAUCGAAGCGCCCGGUACAGGACAAUUUCACCGAUGACGAAGAUGACGAUGAGGUGUUCUUGAGCGAUAAGGUGUACGAACGACCGCUGCAGAACAAUCGCAGGGAUUCGAAGGAAUCGCCAGUGGCUCUCGCGUCUACGGUGACCGCGCCACAAACGACGCUGACAACCUCGUUAAUGGCACCGACAACACCGACAACAACCAGCAGCGGUACCGGCCACCGAAGCAGUAGCGGGGCCACCCCACCAACCGCAACGACCGGCUCCACCAUCACGACGACCGCCUCGUUCUCCUCGCCCUCGCUGCCCAACGCACGAAGCUCCGGUGCGCAAGCUUUCGAUUUUACGCUACAACCCCCAACAUCGUCAUCCUCAUCCAGCGGCACUCAGCCCCACUCGUCAUCAUCCCCUUCGAUGGUGCUCGCCACCACCUCCACCUCGCCAGCCUCACCGCUUCCACGAACGAAAUCAAAACAAAAGCCAGAGCUCGAUGCCGGCAGCAACCGAACGGCCCCACUCGGCACUCACCCGAACGAAAGUGAGAGUUUGCGCACCGAGCGCCCGAAAGCUCCGGUACCGAGCCCGGUGCUGAGUGGCCGUGAGUGUACCGUGGGUACCGUGGCGGAUGCUGGGCUGGAACCGAGCGACAUCAACGGCAGCAACGCCGGUGGCUCCAAAGGGGACUCCAAAACAACAACAAGCGCCACGCUCGUCAGUUUCGAUUCUGGCGCCGUCGGUGAAGCAACGCGUCGUGACGUCGCCGUCGUCGUGCGUCGACCAGCUAGCGGAGUAGUGAACAGAUCAAAGGACCAGUCACCAUCAACGCCAUCAGCGGACCAGGAAGUGCUGCCGACCAAUUCCGAGCCUUCGGUUGGAACACUCGCGUCGGACGCGAACGUAGACGCAUCACAAACAACCACAAGCGAACGGUUGCAGCCGGACGCUGACGAUGGUGGUGGUGAACUGACGAAGUUAAUUGGCAACGAUGAAUGUGACAUCAGUGACUUCCCACUGCCGGAGCUCCCGGUGAGCAGCAGGCAGGAUCCAACAUCCUCCGACAGCUUCCUCACGGCAACGGAUGCGGAGGAUGGUGGCGCGGGUCUGGUGGACGACGCAACCGUACUAUCACUAGAAACCGAACAACGAAACCGCGAACGAACCGGCGAGGACGGGGACGCCGAACAGCAGGACGAACAGGGCAGCAUGCACUACCGGACGGCAGCGAACGGCGGCAAGCCGACGUACCUGUUCGGUGAAAACGUCAAAAAGAAUGGCAUCUUUCUCAACAAAUCGGGCUGGGUGCAGGUCACCGGCGCACAGCAACCCAUCCCGGGCCGGGGAGGGCCCGGAUCCUACCCGCUCGGCACGGGCGGUCCCGGCAUGUCGGCUGGCAUACCAGCAGCAGGUCCGAAAGUAACACGCAAAUACAUCGAGUAUGAUGAAAACCGCUACACAGGCCGUUCCGGCACCGGUCCCAGCAAGCUGGAAGAUCUGAUCAACCGCAACGAAUCGCGUGGCAAGGGAGGUAGCCGUCCAUCCAACCAACAGCAGCGACAGGACAAUGUAACGAUACUGAAGAUAGAUCCGGGGGCAUCGUCCGCCUCGCUAGGCAACCGUCCGGCAUGCCUUUCGAUAAAACGUAACCUAGCGGAUGGAAGUCCUCCGCCCGUGACUCCCAUCCUUUCGCCACCUCCCGCGUUUCAGGACACGCAGCAGCAGCAGCAACAGCAGCAACAGCAACAACAACAACAAUCCAAUAAAACCCGCCUCGGGGACAUUAAACCCGGCACGAGAAUAUUCCUCUCGGUGGUGGAUAAUGAAAACCACAAUCCGAAGGGAAUGGUAUUUUCGCGAAGUUUUGAGUACGAUCGACGGAACCGGCGCCCCCCGGAGGAAGCGGCCGAGCAGCGGGGCGGCGGAUACGGUGGGGCAUCGACAGGACCGGGCAGCAGCAGCAGUACGGAUGCCUUUUCGAAAAGUUUUGAUUACGAUUUUAAUCCAACCGGCUCGAUGGGCAGCUUGCAACAGCAGCCGGUUGUUGCUGCUGCUGCCGCCGCUGUACAACAGCAACCACUCAAAAGCUCUCUAAUAAGGCGCAACCGUUCGCCCACGUUCGCUACCCUUACCGGGAACUCACCGAACUAUCUCACGAAAAAGGAGAAACCAGCCAAGCUCAACUCGCCGAUCUUUCCGAAAGCCAUACCGGGCAACAGUCUCACGGUGAACCGAGCUACACUGGGCUACGCAUCAAGCGAGUCGUUGCGCAAGUUUGACAAGAAUAAGUCGCUCGAUGCUGCGGGUGGAUCUAUCGGGAGCGGUGCUUUCAACGCGGGUCACCGUUCCCGCCGAUCACAGUUCUCGACCAAGGCCAACUCUGCGCCGGGCCUGCCGUACGGCUUUCGAUCCGAUUCGGUGGGUAAUCAACGACUCAAUUCCUGUGAUAGUGGUGCUAGAUCAGAUUACUCUAACGACGACGUGGACGACGAUGAUGAUAUCAGCGAAGAUCAGUCCUCCUCCCUGGCACUAAGCUACAAAUCAUCCACGUCCUACAUUAAUCAGAUGAAGGGACGCGCAUCGUUUACCGGCGGUAGUCCUAGUCAGAGCCAGAGCGCACUCCUAUCAGCUGGAACAUCGCACGGUCUGCUCAAAUCGCAGCGAUCGCUAACACCCGAACGACUUUACGACAACAACGACGAUUAUGGCAGCGCUCGGAACCUGAAGAAGCAGCGAUCUCUGACUCCGGAGAAACGCUCCCGGACACCGGACGAUCGCAGCAAACGAAAAGGCGUUGGCGAUCAGGGCAACAACAGCUCGCAGUCGUCGCUCGUAUCGCGGCAGAGCUCGGGCUCCCGCAGUAGCACUCUCGAGCGGCAGCAGCUACGCUACGACGAGGGUUAUAUGCGCACCAGUAGCCGGAGUUCGUCCAGCUCGAGUUACAGCCGGGACGAGAACGUACCGACGACCAGCCCCAGCUCCACCUAUCGGCGCAAUCAGCUGCGGGGUAAUGUGCGACUUCAGCCGGGUCCAACGGCCCUCGGUGGUGAUUACAAAAUACGCCGAUCCAGGUCGCUCCAACUCUCGGAAAGAUCGCCAAGUCGCCAGCAAAUGCCAGUGCAGCAGAUGCCCCACAAGGUGGUCGUUCGGUUGGGAACGGUACCGCCGAAGGAGCGUCCCACCUAUGCCACACCAAACGUUAUGGGUGGAGGCCGCAAGCAGCAGGGCCCUACCACGGCACAGCUCCUGAGCCAGGAAAGUCUGAGCCUGGCCGGUGCCCACAUGUACAGUCGCAUCUCGCCAAGCAGUACGCUCGAUCGUCUGCGCCGGGAAACCGCCUCUCACACGCUGGAAGUGGUCGAUAAGAGCAAAUCCUUCGACAACAACAACUACGGACUCGGGUUGGGAGCCGCAGGUCUAACCCAUCCGUACGAGUACGAGUUCGACAAGAGCAAAUCGUUCGAUGACAAUCUUGGCAUGCCGCUUGCCGAUCGAAUGUCCGACAAGCGCACGUACGUGACGAACGAGAAGCGCUCGUACUCGCACGAUCGUGUGUUCGGCUCGACCGGGACCAACUCCUCCAGCAACGAGUACGCCACCAGCCAGUCAUCCACGUCGCGCAACCGUUCCCCACAGACCUCGCUGUUCGGUGGGUUAAACCGGCUGUACGAACCGGAGCUACCGUACGAGCUGAACCGCGUCACAAUGGCACGCUCGCCCGUCAUGAUGGGGUCGGCCUACCGACAGGCUCGAUCGGCCGUAUCGCGGGAACGAUCACCCGUACCGGGCUAUCAAAAACCAAGUGACUUAUACCUGAUGCGCCAGCAGACACCCGACUCCGAGUACGACGAACGACGAAUGACACCGGAGUACGGUGCGGAACCGGGACCGGUGCAACCGAUAGCCACCUUCAAGGAGGCGGAGCUGGUGAAGAAAUUCCUGUACGCCACCAAGAACAAGGUGCAAAUGCAUCGGGAAUCGGCGGCGCGGAAUGCAAUGCCACCGCCGACCAUCGCCGGAACGCCAUCGUCUGGAAGUUGUACCGCUAGCUCCUGUGACUUUUGGCCACACUGUGGCGUGUCGUCCGCGGGCGCAACUGCAAGUGCGCUGCAGUGCGAGGAACAUUCGCCGGAACAGAAUGCGCAACACUUGUCCAAAUCGGGUAGUGAUAAUUGUUUGAGCCGCAAGGUGAAGCGUGCGGUACCGGCGGAAGUGAUAUACAUUGGCAAUGGUGCUGCCGUGGAGGAGUGUGCGGGUGGGCCGCGUGGCGAUGCGGGUGGUAACAGUAGUAGCAAUAGUAGCAAUGGUAGUCACAUUAGCAGUAGCAAUAGCAACGGUUCAGCCAUCAUGUGGCCGAACACGUCGAAAGCGGCGACCGAACCAACGGCUACCCGUACAUCCGCGAACGGGCGCGCCGUACCGGUGCCGGUGAAGGCGAACAGUUACGGUGGUGUCAGUAGCUUCGGCCAACAGCAUCACUAUUACCAACAGCAGCAGCCGCAACAGCAGCAGCAGCAACAGCAACAGCAGCAGCAUCAUCAGGAUCAACAUCAACCACACCAGCAACGCAUUUUACGCAAGCAGCAAAACUUUGAAUUCUACGAUGACGAUGGUGCCGGCCCAAUGUCCUACCGGAUGUCAUCCGGUCCGGCAGCGAAACCCGCCCACGGUGCUGCUGCCGGUCCGAGCGAUGGCCUAUCGGCCGGCUACGGCCAGUGCGGUGCCGGUGGCAAUAGCAGCAACAUCAUCAGCACGAUCAUAAAAGCAAACUCGAUAACGUUUCUCGGUGAGCACGAGAUGCCAAUUACGCGUGACCGUGCCUCCACGUCGAAGGGGAAGGUACCGGCCGGUACCGGUCAAACCGUCGUAACCGUCGGUGGAGUUGGCAGUUGUUCCGGUGGUGCGUCGUCGACGGUGAAAAGUAAUAGCGGCACAGCAUCAAUGACACCGCCGGCGGCGACGGUACCGGGUGCGUUGCCCGCGAACGGAAAAAUCAACCGUACCAAUCAGGGCAAACAGCAGCGACAUCAGCAAACGACCGUUGGCAAUCAGCACGGCACAGCUUGCACUGGCACUGGCAUCGAACCACGCGACGCCCGAGCAAGACCUCAGUCGACCAAACCUCGAACCGUGGGACAAGGGACAACGUUAGCGCCCGGUUCCAUCAAGCGAAAAUUUGAGAUGAAACUCAAGAGUCGCUCCCUGCCAAAGUCCUUCAUGCGCUACAGCAAUCUAACGACGGAUGACUUGGAGCUGUCGGCUAUUUUUACAUCGAACACGCCCCUUCAGCUAAGAGCCGUUUCUAGUCCAUCGAUUUCGGAGGCACCGAUCGAAGCGGCACCGGCUGGUCGUAACAAUCAGGAUGCAAGGAAUCCCCACCUAGGUACGGUCGGUGCCAAUGCCCAACACAGUCCCACCACGAAUGUACAUCAGCAUCCAUCAUCGUCAUCUCCGCAUCAGAAGACUGCCCAAACCAAAGUGUCCACCCAUCAUCCAGUGCAAGUUUCGGAAAGCGUACUGCAAAAGUUCCGCAAAACGUUCUCCCAUUUUAAAACCUCGAAGGCGCCCACUCAACCGGUGACCCUUGCCACACCGGAACAGCACAACGGAGUGACGAUGAGUGUGGACGACAAGCAGCAACAGCAGCAAUCGCAUCAUCACCACCGUUUCGGGCCACUGAUCUGGCGAUCGAGCAAGGAGCGCCGCAAGACCAAGUCCCACCGGCGGGACAAAUGUAAUAGCGGCGAUUCGGGCAUCCAGGUCGAGCUUGACAAUGAUGCGGAUCAGCAUCUGCUACUGCAGCAGCUUCACCCACUCGAACACCACCCGGAAGGAGUGCCGGACGGUGUACGCAAUGGAGAGAUACCACCCCCACCACACACAAUGUACGUCGCUGGCGUACCGGUACGGAGGGCCAACUCAGCGAAAGUGUCCACCACCACGACCAACAGCACCACCAGCUCGUCCAUUCUCAAGCACAAGCUAUCGCUCAAGGGCAAGGACAAAGAAAACGUCACCAACAUAUCACGGCUGAGUGGCAAAUCGCUUAGUCAACCGUCCGGGUUAGACUGCAUCGUUGCACCGGGCGGUGAUUGUGAGGUGGACGGAAGGCGCCGACGUCGAAGACAGCAUACACGCACCUCCACCACGAUACCGACCGAACUAGACCUGAGCGAUAGCGAGAGCAUAUCGUCCCAUCCGGACGAAGAUGAAGCGGUAGCGGUCGAGGAUGAACUACUCGUCGAGCCCGCCUUUGCCGAGGUGUUGUUUUCCUUCCGUCCCGGUGGUCCGCAAGAACUCGGUCUCGAGAAGGGUGCCCUCGUGGAGGUUUUAAAGCGUGAACAGGGACCUUGGUGGUGGGGUCGACUAAAAUCGGACGCCAUCGUAUCGACUGCGGCGACUGGUGGUGGUGGUGGUGAUGCUGACCGUAAACCGGCCGAUUGUGGAUGGUUCCCGAAGGACUUUGUGAAGAUUGUGCCGACGUACGCCAAACCGAAGCAGAUCCUUAUCAUUAGCAACAGUGAGGCGGGCAAACAUCAUGGCGCGUGCGAGGAUGAUGAUGGUGGCAGCAGUGCUUCCACGCUGAUCGAAGGUAGCAACUGUGAUAGUACCCGACUGAUGGGCGGACUGUCGGUAGCGAGCGAUGCGUCGUCGUCCGCAGCAUCCGUAGGACUGCCAGAGGACGGUGGUACCGCUAGUCAUGACUUAACGAAGGAGAACAUCAUCAAGGAGCUGCUGGAGACGGAAAUUAACUUCGUGAAGUUGCUCAAUUCGCUGUGUUUAGGCUUCAUUAAACCACUGCGCGAGCGGGAAGACAUCUUUUCGGUGGAAAGUGUGAAUUUAAUAUUUUCCAACCUGGAAAAGAUCUGGCGAUUCCAGCAAACCUUUCUAGACGCGUUACGCGUCGCUGUGCCAAACAAUCGGAUCGGUGAAGUGUUCCUGGAGUAUCAAUCUGCGUUUAUGGUGUACUCUUCCUAUUGCAACUCGUACCCACGUGCGCUAAUGGAGCUGGAGAAUUACGCCAACAAUAAGGAAGCGAAUCAAAUACUGGAAAACUGUCGAAUGGCGGAAAAUUUACCGGAGUUACCACUGUCGGCACAUCUGCUAGCGCCGAUACAACGGAUAUGUCGUUACCCGCUACAUCUCAGCGAACUAGUCAAACACUCGCUCACCCGCAAGGAGCUGCUGCCGACGCUUAACCUGCGCAAGUGUACCAAAUCCGAGCUGGAAACGAUGGACUGCCGGGAGGUGUUCGAGAUGGCACUGUCGGCGAUGCGCCGCGUUACGGAAAUGGUAAACGAAGGCAAACGGCACAGCGAGUAUCUGUCCCGCAUCCAGGCACGGUUCGAAAACUUCCAAGGUCCAUCGAUCAACGUCCACAGCACGCGGCUGUUUCUGCAAACCGACGCAAUCCGGAUGUCACCGAACCUGUGGAACAACACGUACACACUGUUCCUGUUCGAUCGGCAGCUCAUCUACUGCAAGAAGGAUCUGCUCAAGCGCACCAACUACAUCUACAAGGGGCGCAUCUUUCUCGAUAACUGCCGAAUCCUGAACCUUCCGGAUGGUAAAAUGUUUGGCGUAACGCUCAAAAACGCUCUCCGGCUGUACUGUGACACGCGCAACAAGUGGUUCGACUUUUGCUUCCGGAGCAGUAGCAGCAAACUGCGCUUCCUUAACACACUCUCCUCCGAGCGACAGUUUUGCGGUGAAAGUUUGUUCGUGUCCGAGCUGGACGGUGGCGCAGCGUCCUGUUUCGACGAUGAUAACCUUUCCGAUCGGGAGUACUUCCCGUACGUGGACGAUAGCAAGGAGGCGGAGAACGGCGGUGGUGGUGAUCAGAAUCUAUACGAUCUGGUCGAUUCCGGUAGUGGCGGAUUCCGCCCAUCGGUGGCGAGUACCAUUUCGUCCUUGUCGGCCGGUUCGCAGUACGCGAAAGAAUCUCACAGUAAACCAUCCACGACAACCAUGAUGCCACCGGUGGCAGCAUCCAGCAGUGGACCGGGUGCUGUCGGUGGUAACACACUACCGAAAAAGUCUCGAAAAAUGCCCAAGGAGACAGCAUCCUUGCAGCAGCAGCAACAACAGCAAGUACUGGCUGGUUCGGACUAUGGUUCCAACUCGCUCGGACGCCGCAAGUUGGGCAAUUGGUUCCGCAAAGCGAAAAGCACCAACAGUACACCGUCGCAAAGCCCCACGCAUCAUCCGAUGGCGAUGUCACUUGCCUCCAUCAGCAAUAACAACAACCUUCACUCGGACAGCUCAUCCCAGAGCAGUCUGGUGACCAGCGGGUUCCCGCACCAGCGCACCCUUUCAACGCUCGGUACCACCGGCACAACGCUGUCCAGCAGCGGGACCGCACUGUCCGGUUCCGGUGGCAAAGGUAAACCUUCGAAAGCUGACCAAUCCGCCACAGUGGCAGUGGUAGAAUCAUCUCAAUCUCAACCCAUCUCGAUCACCGCCACAACCACUACUACGACGGCAGCUUCCUCCUGAGGGUACGAGAGUACCCUGCUUUAGUAAACUCCUUCCACACAACACCACACCAGGCGAAUGCGCUCUCGAAGCCGAUCCGUUCCAGUGAUCAGUCAUCGCACCACAUAGUAAUCAUUCCUUCGCCAUCACCACCAUCAUCAUCGCGUAAUCUCACCACACCACUACGUUAUCAUCUCAUGGCGCCAAAUGUGUUACACCGGUCUUCUAUCUCGCCUCCGGUUCAUAUAUACGAUUGCAAUUAUAGAGAUUUCCCGCGUUACCAGCUGCUCGCCAUUUUAUCUCCCCCAAAGGGGACAAGGACCCCCCCCCCCCCCAUUUUCACAUUUGCAUCAUUUCAUACGCAUUUUUCUCUCUCUCUAUUUCUCUCGUGCGCUUAAGUGGCUUUUAGUAGUAGGCAGCUGUCGUAGCUCUUACGUUUAACUCUUAUUUGGUACGAACCCCACUAUACAGACACCACAAUUAUGCUUUGUGUAAAUGCCAAAUCUUUACCUUUAAAAAAAUACUGCAAAAGCCAGGGAAAUACAAAACACGAACUACGAACUAAAUUAGUGUAUGUGUAGUAGUACUCUAGCAGUAGUUACUAAGCCUUAUCUAUAUUAUUAAAUAUUACUCUUAUUUUGCGAUAUGUGGCAAAAUUUGUAUAGGCAGCCUAUAGACGUGGUUGGUGUGUAUAGAACGAGAAAAAGAAACAGGAAGAACUGAUCGUACUUUGUUUCGAUUUUUUUAAGGAGUUUAAAUUGUACUUUUGUGUGUACUACUGCCGUACUUUCGCGAUCGGUAUUAAAUUAUUGUUUUCGGCUUUGCAACGCGGAAAAGAUACACGUGUUUAUUAAUCUUUCUUUUAUUCUGUACAUCCGCUUUUAAACUUACUUGCUAAGAUGAUAUAUAGGAAAAGUUUUGGUUUUUUAGAUAGCAAAACCCGAGUAACAAGAAACGAAACCAAU